UCUUCAGUGCUUGACCUAAUGGCAGCUUGUAAGGAAUGGACAAAGAUCUAUGUAUGCCCUUACCUAUAUGGCGGGAGCUUGGGGCUGGGGGGGCUCCUGCUCCUGGCUGUGGUCAUUGUGUCCGCCUGUCUGUGUCGGCUCCAUCGGAAAGUGAGGAGGCUGGAGAGGAGCUGGGCCCAGCUCUCGGAGCAAGAGCUCCACUAUGCAUCUCUGCUGCCCAUGCCCUGGAGGGAGAGGCCUGACCUCAGCCACAGGGAAGGUGCCAAGGAGGACCCCAGCACCGAAUAUGCCUGCAUUGCCAAGAACUAAGCCAGCGGAGCUCCCCCAGACGCCUCCCUGAACCCAGGUGGACCCUGUGGCCCACCCAGUAAAACCACGUCCUGCCACCUUCUGUGUCUCAGGCUUCUCAGUCCAACUCAACUCCGUCCCAUUCAAUAGGGCCACCAUCAAAACUUAAGCGACUUAUCUUCCCACCCGUUCUGGGGUCGAGUAGUGAUUUCUCAGGGGAAGAAGGGUGUUGAGGGACCCAAGUUCCCCUGAAGGCCAGAAAGAGUACACGCGUGGGCCUGGCUGGAAUGGGGAGUUGACAUGUAGGACUCAUCAGAUCUGAUACUCCCCAUUUCUCAGGAGAAUCCGCCUCAGCCUCCUGUACCCCAGAAAGGUGGAGGUGCUGAGCCCUGGGAUGAUGAUGGGAGGGGGCUCCAGGCACGGUUACCGGGAAGCUCGCUCCUUGGACCUUUCCAGGCCAGGCUUGGUAGAAGAGAGAAUUAAGAGUCGGGGGACCCCAGAGAGGGGCAUAUUGUGGUACCUGGAUAAUGGAAAAGGAAACACAUGAGACUCAUAAGAAGGCAUUAGUGGCGGGGCAGAGGAAGAUUUAUUGGGGUCUCUUGAAGACAGUUGGAUGCCUGGGGUCUGGAAUCACUCAUCAGCGGCAUCUAAGAAGUGGCGGCAUGUUCCCGGGUGACGGUGGCCUGCAGGAGAGACCACAGGAGCUGCUCGGUGGGCGCCGCAGCCCUCCUCCGGCUGCUCUCUGUCUCCCCCUCCUCCAGUUCUCUUCCACCACUGCCCUAGCCCCCUUCCUUACAUUUGCCUUGGUAAUAGAUGGUGCUGCCCAUGGCCACACAGAUAAAGCUGAAGGCAUAGAAUCCAGCCCGAAGGAGGAGGACUGUGCUGGCCCCUAGCCGAGGAGGUCCUGCAUGGGGGUGGUAGAAGGAAGGGGCGAAGGGGGGACCUAAGGAAGAAGCAGGCACAGGCCCAGGGAGGGACAGAGAGCAGGGGGCCUCAGGGAAAGACUCCCAACUUCCAGGAAGAGUGGGGUCUCCCAUCUCACCUUUCUCUACCACCAGCAGAGUCCCAUUCCCCGUCCCAACACCUAGGCCCAGCACCUCCACCCUGCACACGUAGACUCCAGCGUCACAGUGUUGGGUGUCCCAGAUGUGCAGCUCGGCCUGAUGGUCAUAGAGGAAACGGGAAGAGGGAAGAGGGGCCAGGCGGCCCCUGAACUCUGGGGUCCCAUUCCUCACUUCCUUCUCUGGGGCCACCUUGUCCCGGUACCACGUGACAGAGCCAAUGGCCAAUUUCCCUUGGCUGGCAUUGAAGGAGCAGGGCAAGAAGGCAGCGGUGCCCUCCUGGGUACGAAUCUCCGGGGGCUGGAACACCCAGAGAGCACAGGAUCCUGGCAGGCAAAGAGAAGACCCAGAAAAACACCUCUCUGGUUACAAUAUAGAGAAAGGACAAGAGAGUUUGCAGUAGAAUAUCCCAGCUGUGUCCCCACCCACAGAGGACCCAGAGGAUCAAGCACUUUGCUACCCCAUGAAACCCCUUGCUCUCCACCAGCCUCAUUUCUUAACAUUGUUUAUUAAAUAGUUUUUCAGGGCACCUGGGUGGCUCAGUCGUUAAGCGUCUGCCUUCAGUUCAGGUCAUGAUC